AACAGGCAUUUAAUUUAUUUAAAAAACCUUUGGGAAAGACACCAUCUUGAGUGGGGGAAAUUGUGAGAACUGGAAGAAACUUUGAGGGAGUGUUAAGAAAAGUCCUGGGGAGAUUGUCUGAGAGUGCCAGAGGACAGGAUUUUAUGAGUCUGAGCAUGCCAAAAAGCUGAGGAAAAGUUUGUACACAGUCCACUGCAAGUAACAACCUGGUUAUAAAUGACAAAAGAGCUUUAAGUGUGAAUCAGUUUAAGUCAUUCACUUUCUGUGUGUACUGUAGAAGAAAGUAUGGGCAUAAUAAAGCUUAGAGAACCACCCCAAAAGACUUUUUAAAUGAUAAUAAUCUUUGUGUAGUCUUCAGAUUCCCCCCAAAAAAGUUCUUUCCAAUGAUAUAAAAUAUCCUAGUAUAUUAAUAUUGUUUUAUGGAAUCAUGAACUUUAGUUGGAAUACCAACUCAGAUACCUACUGCCUGGCUCAGUGAAUAGAGUCAGGAAGACCUAAGUUCACAUUUGACUCAGGUACUAUCAGAAUGAUCCUGGGCAAGUCACUUAACCUUUUUCUACCUCAGUUUCCCCAAAUUUUAAAUGGGAUUAAAAAUACUAUGAGGAUUUCAAAUAAGAUACUAUUUUUUUUUAAACCCUUACCUUCCGUCUUGGAGUCAAUACUGUGUAUUGGCUCCAAGGCAGAAGAGUGGUAAGGGCUAGGCAAUGGGGGUCAAGUGACUUGCCCAGGGUCACAGAGCUGGGAAGUGGCUGAAGUCAGAUUUGAACCUAGGACCUCCCGUCUCUAGGACUGGUUCUCAAUCCACUGUGCUACCCAGCUGCCCCCAAGAUACUAUUUUUAAAGUACUUAGUACAAUGCCUGGCACAUACUAGGUGCUUAAUAAAUAUUUGUUCCCUACUCAUGAGAACUUUAACUUCUUAGAAACUCAGUUCCCUCAUUUGUAAAAUGAAAAUAAUAUUAAUGUCCCCUUAUCUUCUAGAAUUGUGAGGAAAGGAGUUUGUAAAGUUUAAAGAGCUAAAAUUAUUGGUCCAGUUUCUUUCACACUAAAGAACAUCACUCAAUGCUAGUCUCUACAUCAAUGACACAAAGGUGAAAGAGUUUAGCUGGGACAGGAUGAGGGCAAUAAUAAGCAAUGGCGUGGGGAUCAUUCCAUUUCCUGCUGUGAGAGCCAGGUGGCCCGGGUCUAAGGGUAACGGAGGCCCAGAUGAUCGCUGAACCCUGGUCUCCCUCCAUCCAUCCUCUGCACCUGGGCCCACUAAGCAUCUUGGAGAUGAUCUCACCCUUCUCCUUUGGCACCCCAUUGCUGGCCCCCUCAGCUCUUCUCCCACCCCCAACCCCCAUUUCAGUUUCCCACCAGUGAAAAGGGAAGGGAGUGGAGACAGAAGGGCUGUGGUAAAUGAAGUCAGGGCAAACUGCUCAGGCCACGGAGACUGCCAUGGUCUCUGGGUUUGCAGAAUGGGGGAAUUAGGGGACGGGAGAGGUCCGCGCAGCUGCCUCUCCUCCCCGCCCCUGCAUCUUUCUCCAAAGGGGUGAUGGCGAGCAGGGCCCAGGUUAAGGCUGAGACGAAUUCAGUGGCGUCCUGGUGGAGCCAUCCUGCAGGCUGGGAGAGGUGCGAGCCUGUGGCUAGUAGGGCCCGGGACUGAACUGGCAGCUCCGCCGCUCUCUGCUGUGAUGCAUUGUCGGCAGUGUGCUCUGGGAGCAGCCACAUCCGUGGGUGAGAAGCUGAGAACCGCCGGAGCCAGAGCUGGGGAGGGCGUCAGGGGAGGAGGGAGAGAGCGAGAGUAAGAGAGAGGCCAGAGAGCGAGUGCGCCCUCCCCCGCCCCCGCCGCCUCAGCUGGGUUACCCCGCUAAGCAGAGUCGAACCCAACUGAGCCCGCGGGAGAGCCGAGACGAGGCGUGGGGAACCAAGAGAAGUCUGCGCAAGGCUGCCCACCCUGGAUCUCCAGCGAGGGGCUCGGGCCGUGCGCUCCUGGACUCACUAGUUCCUGUGCCUGCCCCCGUCCCUGGCACGGUCUCCCAUCCUGCCAACUUGUCUUCCCCCGCCGCCCAUCUGCCCUCUCCACGCCUCCCGCCCUCCGGGCCCCCUCCUCCUCCCUCCUUCCUCCUCUCUCUCCCCCCUCCUCAGUGCCUCCUGAAAACCCAGCCCUCCCGGGGCGGCCCCGCAGUGCCAGGGACCCGGGGAGCCACUGCCGCCUGUGCGCUCCUCCGAUCCGCUCUCGUCAAGCACCCAGGCUGCCGGUCCUCCCGCCCGUCCCACAGUCAGUCCGACCCUCCCACAGUCAAUCCGAGCUCCCGGAGCCAUGACCGCCGAGAAGGCGCUGCCCAUCAGCAAUGCCAAAGCGGCUGAGGAGGCGAGGGACCCCGAGGCCUCCAGCGCCAGCUUGGUGUCCAGCCGUGACAAGAAGGUCCACGAGCGGGGCCAUUGGAACAACAAGGUGGAGUUCGUGCUGAGCGUGGCGGGAGAGAUCAUCGGGCUGGGCAACGUGUGGCGCUUCCCUUACCUGUGCUACAAGAACGGAGGAGGGGCUUUUCUGAUUCCAUAUGUGGUGUUUUUUAUCUGCUGUGGAAUACCAGUGUUUUUCCUGGAGACAGCCCUGGGGCAGUUUACUAGUGAAGGUGGCAUUACAUGUUGGAGAAAAAUUUGUCCCUUGUUUGAAGGAAUUGGCUAUGCAACUCAAGUUAUUGAGGCCCACUUAAAUGUAUACUACAUCAUCAUUCUAGCCUGGGCUAUUUUCUACCUGUUCAACUGCUUCACCACUGAGCUCCCCUGGGCCACCUGUGGGCAUGAGUGGAAUACAGUUCACUGCGUGGAGUUUCAGAAGCUGAACCUGAGUAACUGCAGCCAGGUGUCCCUCCAGAAUGCCACCUCACCCGUCAUGGAAUUUUGGGAGCACAGAGUCCUCGCCAUCUCUGACGGGAUUGAACACAUCGGUAACCUCCGCUGGGAGCUGGCCCUGUGCCUCCUCGCUGCCUGGACCAUUUGCUAUUUCUGCAUUUGGAAGGGGACCAAAUCCACAGGGAAGGUCGUGUAUGUCACUGCCACUUUCCCCUACAUCAUGCUUCUGAUUCUUCUCAUCCGAGGAGUGACGCUGCCUGGAGCAUCUGAAGGGAUCAAGUUUUACCUCUACCCUGAUAUUUCCCGGCUUUCCGAUCCCCAGGUCUGGGUAGAUGCUGGAACUCAGAUCUUUUUCUCCUAUGCCAUCUGCCUGGGAUGCUUGACAGCACUGGGAAGUUACAACAAUUAUAAUAACAAUUGCUACAGAGACUGCAUCAUGCUGUGCUGUUUGAACAGUGGCACCAGCUUCGUGGCCGGCUUUGCCAUCUUCUCUGUCCUCGGCUUCAUGGCAUAUGAGCAAGGAGUGCCCAUUGCGGAGGUAGCAGAAUCAGGGCCAGGACUAGCCUUUAUUGCCUACCCCAAAGCAGUCACCAUGAUGCCUCUUUCUCCUCUGUGGGCUGCUUUGUUCUUCAUGAUGCUCAUCUUCCUGGGACUGGACAGCCAGUUUGUCUGCGUGGAGAGCCUUGUAACAGCAGUGGUGGACAUGUACCCAAAGACUUUUCGGCGAGGCUAUCGGAGGGAACUGCUCAUCCUGGCCCUGUCUAUAGUCUCCUACUUCCUUGGUCUGGUCAUGUUAACAGAGGGUGGCAUGUAUAUUUUCCAGCUGUUUGACUCCUAUGCAGCCAGUGGGAUGUGCCUUCUCUUUGUCGCUAUCUUUGAAUGUGUCUGCAUUGGCUGGGUUUAUGGAAGCAAUCGCUUUUAUGACAACAUCGAAGACAUGAUUGGCUAUAAACCGCUGUCCCUAAUUAAGUGGUGCUGGAAGGUGGUGACUCCGGGCAUCUGUGCGGGGAUCUUUGUCUUCUUCCUGGUGAAAUACAAGCCCCUCAAGUACAACAAUGUGUACACAUACCCCAACUGGGGCUAUGGGAUUGGCUGGAUGAUGGCACUUUCCUCCAUGGUCUGCAUUCCACUUUGGAUUGUCCUCAAGAUGUGGCAGAUUGAGGGCACACUCCUGGAGAAACUCAGGAAAUUGAUAGUGCCCAGCCCAGACCUGAAGAUGAGAGGGAAGCUUGGCACUGGUCCACGAACAGUUACUCUAAAUGACUGUGAUGCCAAACUCAAAGGGGAUGGAAACAUUUCUGCCAUCACGGAAAAGGAGACACAUUUCUGAGAGACCUCUCUUCAACUGGGAUUUUUUGUUUUCUGUAUAAAUGAAGAAAUAAACUACUUCACUUAAUUAUAGGAGUUCGCUUGUUUUGCACAAAAAUUAUUAACAAGUUAAUUUUUAAAUGAACACUGUAUACUUGUUUAAAAGUGAUUAUUUUUUAAUUAUUAUGUAAGUAACAGUCACAAAGAGAUAAUAUUGUAUGGGAUGCUAGCAAAAACUUCCUGUAAUGUGGUGAUUUUAAUUGUCGUUUCAUAGGCAUUAGGAACGUCUGUAAAAUGUACUGUCAACCUUUUAUACUUGGGUUUGGGCAAUGGGGUGGCAUUGAGCAGCUCUCAUUAUGCUUCUAAUCUAUUUCCACAGACCAUUGUGGACCCAUUUCUUUCCAAUGUAUGUCUAUAAAGGGGACUGCUGUUUCCUUCUCUCUACACUGGAGGGACGUUUCCACUCAUUUCUUGUCAUUUUCAUUUGAGCUCUAGCCUCCAGAUUAAAGGAUUUAGAGCUUGAAGAGAAUUUAGAGAAAAUCAAGUCCAACCCUCUCAUUUUACAGAUGAGCAGCUGGAGAGUUUGGCAUGGAGGUAGCAAAGCUGGCCUCCAUGGACCCUGAGGUAUCCUAGCAAAAGCUCUGGACUGGACAUGAGGAACCUUGAGCUCAAGUUUCAGCUUCUCCAGUCACUCACUAUGUGAGCUUGACUAAGUUACCCUCCCUCUCUCAGCCCCAUGUUCCUCUUCUGUUCAAUGAGGGCACCAGUCAAUGGAACCUCUGAGGUCUCUUCCAAAUGCUGAUGUUCUCAGAUUUUCCAGUUGUAAAGUCACAGAUCCAGCCAGGAAGUGGUGAGUGGAAGGUUAUAUCUAAGUGAUGAUUACCCUUCAAAUUGGCAUUAAGCUCAUUGCAAUUAUUUCUGGAUUUGUAGAUAAUUUACUCUACCCCCAGACUGGAGAGGCAAAAGCCCCACCAGUCCCACCUCUGAUAUACAAUGACUAUGAUCCUGGGCAAGUCCCUUAACCUCUUAGUGCCCUACGCAACUCUCCAAGAGUAUAAUUGGUAGAGUAGGUAAGGAUCUACCUAGGGAGGGGAGUUGCUUUGUCCAUGAAAUCACAUCUCCAAAUCAAAAUACAUAAACCAAAAGAGAACCAGCCCCACUCCCAUAUUUUGGGGGUCUUACCAAAUGCCCCAUAGAUCAAAAAGCAAAUAAAAUUAUGGAAAUGAUGUACUUCGUUCCAAUUUUUUUAACAACAUAAAAUCUAUUGAUGUGAAUUGACUUUUUUCAAAAGGCCAGCUAGUCGUUGACAUAUUGCGUUGGACCAGUGUAAAACAUCCUACAGCUCCAAGUGUUUUCAUGUCUUCCAUGAUGCCUUUUCAGAGUCCUUCAGAGUGCUUAGCACUUAGGACUGGUUCUGUCUCAUAGUAUGGUGAGAAUCAGAAAACCUGAGUACAAGUCCCAGUUCUGCCACAUUAGCUAUGUGACUCAGGUGAUCCUUCAUCUAUAUGGGUUUCAGUUUCUUCUAUAAAAUUAGUGGAUUGAGCUAAAUGGUCUCUAAGGAUUCCUUCAAGCACUAAUAUCCCAUGAUCCUUCUUUUCAGUUAGUCUUUUGUUGGUUUAUGGUUUCCAGAUCAUCUUCCUGUUUCUUCCAUCUGGCUUUGUGGGGAGGGGGCUAGGAAAGAUGGUUGAUCAUGGGAGGAAGAGCCUAGAUAUGAGAGCUUUUUCCAAAACAUCCAGAUGUGAGCAUUUUCUUGUUUCCCCUUUAUAUUUCCUUCAUAAUGUUUGAGCCCCUACUUUCUUCUUCUGCUUUAACUAAUCCUCACCUCUCACAUUCCAAGAUUCUCUCCUUUUGUUAGGCAAUGACACUACAAAUGUCUUUUGAUCUGCUUCCUCUGUAAGCUGCUAUUCCAAUUCUCCACUGUCUUUUUUCCCAGAAUAAUUCCUGCUUACUCUGUCAACAAUCAAAUACUGAGUCUUUCAUUUUUAUUCCUAAUACUUAAUUCUUUCUUAGUUCCUUCCAAAGUGGCCCUAUAUCCAGGGAAAUUUAGGCAGCCCCAAUCUAAAAAUGAAAACAAAAAAUAAACCUCUCCCCACAAAUAAGCAUGGCUUCUGAAGGAGGUAUCUAAACUAAACUUGGUAGCUCUUAAGCAUGUGCCUCCAGUCUUAUUUGACCGAUUUUUUCAAACUGACAUAUUUGUUUCUUAAUUAUUAUUUUAAUUUUCAAGAGGAAGACUUUUCAACCUCUUGUCACCAACUAGUGGAUGUCUCUGAGCAAAUCACAACCCCUGCUCUGAGUCUCAGUUAUUUCAUUUAGAAAAUGAGGAGUUUCAAUGGGAUGAUUAGUAAGGUUCCUUCCUGCUCCCCAUGUUUUCGUGGAGAUGUGAGCUUUCCAAAAUCAGAGCUUUUGAUAUAUGACACAAUGACACAGGCUGAAAAGGGCAAACUUUGUUUACAUCAUAAGUUCAAAGGAAAUGAAACAUAAUCUCAUCCUAAAGUUUCCAAAUCUAACUCAUUUAUCUGCUCUGGAUAGUAACUAUCUCAAUCCCCAGUUCUGUGAUUUUUGUCUUGUUAGCUUCCAGUUCUCUCCCUUUUCAGUCUUCAUCCCAAUCUAGCAUCCCAUCUCCAGAGAGGUAGCAAGAUGCCUCCCUCAGGAAUCUUGUGCCUCGAUUUAUGCUCUUUUACCUUGGCUUCGUUUCUAUCUGUCCUCACCCAGUAAGUAGUCCAACAAAUCCUGGGUCUAGAAGGCCUUCUGACUCUGCUGCUAUAGACUGUUUCAUCAACAGCUUUAUAUACAUACAUGUGGGACCACAUGGUCUGAAGUUACUAACACGCUGGGGGCUCAGUUUGUGUGCAUCUAACACCUGGAUUGCUUAACAUUCUAUUCAUGGCGCAUAGGAGGGACUUUCCCCCCCAAAAAAGAAUUUCCUACUUGUAUUUGUGCACCAUCUUUGGAAACAAACAAAAAUGACAUGAAAGAGAAUACUGUCCUUGUGGUGAUGACUUUUUUUGCUAUUCGUAUAGAAGCAAUAGAUCCUUCCAGAGAUAUUUACUGCAUUAUUAAAAGAAAGGGUUGUAUUACUGUUUGACACAGCUGAUGUUUUUAUUUGGUAUUCAAAGGGCACCAAACUUUUUUGUCUGCUUACUCAUUUUUAAAAAUUAAAGAAGUGAACAAUG